CAUAGUUGGAAAAUUCGCCGACAAGACCACCAUAUGUAGUCGCGGCCAACGCGGGAGAAACCUUCUGAAAUGUCAAAUUCGAAAAAGAUUCCCGCCAGGUCAAAACCCGCCCUCGCUGUUCUCCUCAGUCCUCAGCACAAUGCCAAUCCCUAGCGCGCUCCUCCGACGAUUCUUUCAUGGCAAACCUCAAUCUCAACCCCUCCGCUGGAAGUAAUUUCUCAGCCAUGGAUACCUCAAACACUAACCCUAUUCUCUCCUCCAAAUCCAACAUCUACCACAUCAGCGGCGUCCCGGUAGAGUUCCCCUACAAACCCUACGGCUCUCAGCUGGCCUUCAUGAGCCGCGUCAUCUCCACUCUUGACCGCGCACGCCGACAGGGCCACUGUCAUGCUCUCCUUGAGUCCCCCACUGGCACCGGUAAAACCCUAUCCCUUCUCUGCGCUUCCCUUGCGUGGCAGCAGCAACAGAGUCUUCGUCACCUCUCCAGCCCCGCUUCCAUUGUCUCGCCGAAUGCUGAGGUUGCCGAUCCCCUUCUCCACGGUGGUGGUUUCAUCCCUGAUCCCGAUGCAUCUGGGAAUCCAGAGAUGCCUCAGCAAGGAACGAAAGCUAAGACCCAGAAGAGGCUCACGACUCCCAACAUUUAUUAUGCAUCGAGGACACACUCUCAGAUCAGUCAAGUGAUUCGGGAAUACAGGAAGACAUCUUACCGCGUGCCUAUGGCUAUUCUGGCAUCACGCAAGCACUAUUGUACCAAUAAGUAUGUAUGCGGUAAAGAAAACGUGGAUGAAGUAUGUAAAUUGCUCCUGAAGGAUCAAUCUGGAGGUUGUCUUGAGUUCAAAAAUGCAAAUAAAGUCAAAAGUCAUCCUUCUCUUCAGAUUGGUGGAUGUUUUGAGGUUCAUGAUAUAGAGGAUCUAGUGAGGAUUGGUCAACGUGUAAAAGGUUGUUCAUACUUUGCUGCUCAAACUCUUGCAGCUGAAGCACAGUUAGUCUUUUGUCCAUACAGCUACAUCAUAAAUCCAAUUGUUCGGAGAGCUAUGGACGUUGAUAUCAAAGGAUGCAUUAUAAUUCUUGAUGAAGCCCACAACAUUGAAGACAUGGCACGUGAAGGUGGCAGUGUGGAUAUUGAAGAAGAAGUGCUUCAUGCACUUCAGGUAGAAUUAGAGCAGUUGUGCAUGAAUGAUAAUCUUGCGGUGACAUAUAGACCACUAUAUGAUGUCAUUGAGGGAAUUGUAGGUUGGAUCAAUAUGAGGAAAGAUAAUUUGCAGAAAUGUGAAUUUGAGCAUUAUUUAUCAUCUUGGACUGGUGAAAAGGCCACGCAAGAGCUUCAACAAGGUGGAAUUUCUCAACAAUCUUUUCCGGUUCUUCAAGAAUGUGCUACAAAGGCAAUCAAAGCAGCAUCCGAUGCAGCACCAGAUGAACCACGUUUAACUGGCAUCUCAUUAAUAACUCUUGAAGGACUCUUCUCCUCGCUUAGUUAUUUUUUCUCCGGGAAUGGAUGUCAUGCAAAUGAUUAUCAGCUUGCAUUGCAACGUUCUGUCAAGCGAGAUGGGAAUAAUGCUGCCAGUGACUGGACGAUCUCUCUAAGCUUGUGGUGCUUAAACCCAGCUGUCGUCUUUAAAGAGAUCGCAGAACUGUCUCUCUCUGUGAUUCUAACAUCUGGGACGCUUUCUCCUGUAAGCUCUUUUUCAUCCGAACUUGGUGUACGGUUUGACACUUGCAUGGAAGCACCACAUGUGAUUAAUACGGAGUCCCAGCUUUGGGCAGCAGUUUUCUCUUCUGGAGUCGGGAAUAUUCAGUUGAAUGCUAGCUAUAGAUCUGCUGAUAAUUAUGCUUUCCAGGAUUCACUGGGAGCAACGUUGGAGGAAAUUUGUAAGAUUGUACCAGGUGGUGCUCUUGUUUUCUUCCCUAGUUAUAAAUUGUUAGAGAAGCUACAAGCUCGUUGGCAUCAGACAGGCCAAUGGUCUAGGUUAAAUGCACAAAAAGACUUAUUCAUUGAGCCAAGGGGAAGUACCAAUGAGUUUGAGCCAGUUCUGAGAGGCUACUAUGAUACAAUUUCUGGAAAAAGUAAAAAUGUACCAGGAAAAGUUAGACUUGGUCUAAAGCGGUCACUCAAACAUUCUGGCUUUAAGGAUUCUCAUCAAAAUCUAAGUAAAGGGGCUGCUUUUCUUGCGGUUUGUCGAGGAAAGGUAUCAGAAGGAAUUGACUUCUCAGAUGACAAUGCAAGAGUAGUUGUAAUUGUUGGCAUUCCAUUUCCGAACAAAAAUGACAUUCAGGUGAUGUUGAAAAAGAAAUUUAAUGACACUUACAGAUCCUCAAAAAAUCUCAUAAGUGGAAGUGAGUGGUAUUGCCACCAAGCAUUCCGUGCCUUAAAUCAGGCUGCAGGUCGUUGCAUCAGGCACAGGUUUGAUUAUGGAGCCAUUAUUUUGUUAGAUGAGCGUUAUAGGGAGCAACGUAAUCUUGCUUAUAUAUCAAAGUGGUUGAGGAGCUCAAUUAAAUUUUAUAAGAGCUUCGAUGACUCAUUGGAGGGACUGCAAACCUUUUUCAGAGAUACGAAGAAACUACAGAUUUCGGAUGAGGAUUCUAAUGAUCUUACUGAUCUUAAUAAUAAUAAGGGGAAAUCCGAGCCUUUUAAGUCAUCAAAACAGGCGACUCCACCAAAGGGGAAUCAGAAAAUAAAUAAGUCCAGCAAUCGUAUCGAAAAAAUUGAUUCAGAUAAGAAGACUUCAGCCAAGAUUAACCAGUUCACAAUAACAUCAGCUUGUUUAGUUAAUGAUAGUUCUCUUGGCUUCCAGCCACAAACUCCAACAGUUAAGAGAAGGGCUGGAGAGUCAAAUGAGAAAAUUUUAAACUGCUGCACUUUCAAUGAUUCUGAAAAUAAAUCUCUGAACUGCUUAUGGUCUCAAUCAUUCUCCCCUGGAAGCAGUCCAGAUUUACCCAUGGUUAUUGAUGAAGAUGUCAGAAGCACUGGGCAAGACACUUACCCAAUUUUCCGGAAUUUACAUAAGUUUUCAGAUUUCCCAACCUCGUUAACAUGUGGUAAAACUUCAAAUGGAUUAGCUUCACAGGAUGUUGGCAUAUUAUCAGUUACACCUGCAAAAAUAGCAUCUUCACUACCUUCUGAUCCUAAAUUGGAAAAUUUAUCAGUUCUCCAAAACUUCCAUCAGUUUCCAGAAAUUCCUUCCUCCUUAUCAUGUGGCACAACUGCAAAUGAAUUUGCUUCUCAGGAUAUUGGCCUAUCAACCGUUACUCCAAAAAAAUUAGCAUCCUCAGAGCCUCCAGACGCCAAACAAAGUCAGCAUUGUGUUAUGAGCAUAAGCUCUUGUAAUCAGAAGAAAAGGAGGUUGAAGGUCUUGCAGAACAAUAGCUAUCCUGAAAUGCACUUUUCAAAUCUGUGUUUUGAUGAAUCAAUUGCUCAGCUUGCUCUUCCUAGCAGCAUCAAUAUUCCUAGAAAUAUUGAUCCAAGAACUGAUUAUUCCUUGGAGGAUAAUGAGAAAGUGAAACUAGAGCUGUUUAAAUCUGAAAGUCAGGAUAUCAUCUUUCAGUCUUCUGAUAUUUGCAGUGAAAUAAAGCUGCAUGUUAGCUGCUCAUCCUGCAAAUAUCCCUUGGGAUUGCCUAAGAACAGAUUUCUUGUUAAAAGCCUCAUGAUACUAUCAUCAAAACUCUUUCUGUCAUAUAUUCGGACAUAUGGAACUCAUGGUUCCUUUACGCCAGAGUGUCUUUCAAAGACUCCCCCGACAGUCAUAAAUGUCUUAAGCUGUGAAAUGUUGUCCAUCAACGAGCUAAUCAUUAAAGGCAAUGUGAACAAUUUCUCAAAGCAUGGAGUAUGGUGUGAAGAAGAUGGUUGUGUAUUCAAAGCUAUAUUUUGCCCCUUUUGCAAGAAUUAUGAUACUUGUCUUGGUGUCCACGUUUUAGCAACUGAUUCCUCAAAUGCUAGCUUACUAAACAAGGUUCUCUUUUAUGCAGAUUGCCUAUGCAUUAGUGAACCAAAAACAUUCAACGAGAGUACUCUGCCCAAAAAUGAUAACCUUCUUGGUGAAUCUUCUGAUCAUAUUGAAAAUGAGAAAUAUACUCCGCUCGAAGAACCCGCUUGUGAUGCAAAGCAAAAGCCAGCUGCAAUUAUGAAAUAUACUGACAAUCCUCAAGCCAAGAAGCCUGCUUUCAGUCCUAAGGAAAGGCUCGUUGAUCAUAAAAAUGCCGACAGUCAUCAACCUAAGCCAAUAGAAAUUGAGAAAUUUACUUACCAACCUCAAACUAAGCCAGUUAAGUUUGAGAAAUUUCCUUCCAAUAUCCAAAAAAUGACAGAUCAAACUGUGAAAUUUGCAAACUGGUCUCAGCCCCGGGGCUCUAAUUCUUCAGCCACAACAAAAUCAAAGCUUAAACUACCCAAACGGCAAGAAAAUUCCUCCAAAAAAUGAUGAAUUCACAUAUGAUGGGCAAAUUACUUGGAACUCUCAGCCUUCAGAUGAUGAUGAUACUGCCACGCAUUUCAUCACUCCUACAGUCAUAAAAAUAGGUAUUUUUUUUAAUGCGAAUAUGACAUGCAUUCUCAUCAAAAUGCCUACAUCUCGCAUUAAUUAUUCUCUACAUUACAGUUUACUGCAUCUUCUAUGUUCCACAGUUCCAAGUGUUAGAUAGAGCCCUGGAGCUGAACUUGUUGUGUAUAUAUAUGUUAGGCCCAUUAUUUGAUGCAAACUACUUUGAUUUUUUUGAUCUGAUGACAUUAUUGAGCAGAUUAGUUUUCUUAAUAAUUCAAGCAAAAAUUAGUUUUUUUUUUUA